ACACUAAGGUCAAUGGUUAGGCCACACAGGAAACGACAGUAACGCAGCCAAAAAACUUAAGCUGCGGCGGUCGUCAUUGAAUCGUACAUUGAAUCGUGAUUAUUUUUAUCUUGACGCAGAGCGGUCGACUACUUCMAAACCAACUAGACACGAUGGGAUGUAAUGCCAGUAAUCAGGCCAAAACAACGGUACAGACGCAGCAACCACAGAAUGCGCUAGCAACGGCCGGCCAGUCGAACAAUAACACUACAGCUACUGGCAAACAGGAGAACACGAUUCAACCUACGUCUAGUUCUUUAUCUGACCCGCCAAAACAAGCCGAGCCCGAUGCAACGACCAAUGAUGGAGUCGACGGCGGUGCUGACAAAACAGAUUCUAAUGCCGAACCACGAGAAGAGCCGUUAGGCGAGGAAUCUAAAGAGAAUCACCAAGAACAAGAACCAGUUCAAGAGAAACCAGCUGAAAAUCCAGUACCAGAAGAACAAAAACCAGRCGAAAGCACAAUUCAUGAAGUGGACAACAAUAUUCCGGAGGAAACUACACCGGCUGUAAAUGAGGAUACGCCAGCUGAAGACACUAAACCUGCGGAGGAGGCCAACGUUGAAAAUGAUUCUAAACCAACGGAAGAGGCGCCACAAGAGAGUCAACAAGAAGAAAAGGCAGACGAAACUCAAAAAGAUAUACCUGACGAGGUGAAGACAGAGGAGCAGCAUGCAGCAGAGGAGGGCACUAAACCUGAGGAUGAAGCAGAAACACCUGCGCAAGAAAGUGACAAACCCGCCGAAACUACUGAAACUCCGGAAGAAACUGAAAAACCAGCAGAAACUACGGAGGCACCRRCAGAAAAAGSUGAUACACCUGCWGAARCGAMCGAAACGCAAGAAGGAAAUACCGAAACACAGGCACAAAGUAGCGAAACGCCGGCAGAGGGCGGCGAAACGCYAGCGGAAAAUSCCGAAACUCCGGCUGAAAAAGCCGAAACACCGGCUGAAACAUCAGAAAGUUAAGGRUAAUUUAUUUAGCUUUUUAUAGUAAAACAUUUCAUUAGAUUUUUAUUUUCGUAGAUACAAUGUUUUACAUAUCAAUAUAUUUCUYUUUUAAUCAAUCUUUUGAUUCCGAAUCAUUGUAUAAAAAUAUCAUUUCUAUGAAAAAAAAUCAAUUUCUAAAUAUCGUAAAUAACCGUUUGUAAAUACACAAGUUCUAGCCUUCCUUUCAAAGGUUUAGCUGAGAGAAAUUGUCGGGACUGAUUAUAUGAAGCGGACUGGCCCGUGUAAUCGGGCUGGUCUCUAUUUUCACUGGGGCUCUCAAAGCAAACUAGCCCAGCUGCGCGGGUCAGCCCGCUUCAUAUAACCAGACCCUGAUAUUCUAUAAUCGAGAGCCGGGACAUACACAUUUUGAAUUUAAAAUGCAAAUCACACCUAAAAAAGACAUUGGAGUAAAGCGAAAAGACAGAAAAGUAUUAGCUUCUUCUGCUUCCAUCUUUCAUAAUUGGCUUGGCCUGUGUUACACCAGAACAUGUCUGCGAAAGAGUCCAAUGUUCUCCGACAGAGUAAACAGUCGUGUCACACAAUUCUAUAUUYGACACAAAUUCAUCUACGUUAAUCUAUUUGGUAUAUUGAAAGAUCGGCAUAUAUCAAAAAUGCCAAAAUAUCUAAAUUGCAAUCAUAAAAAAAUGAUAUUGAUAUAGGUGAUAAUCUAGUUAGUGAGGAAAAAAAUAAAAUUAUGAAAAUAGAGUUUCAAAUGAUUUCUAAACUAAAUUUGCAUCAUAAUUCAACAAUGUAUAUUAUUUUAUGUAAUUAAAAAAUGUCUUAUGAAUAAAAAAUUUAUGAUGACUUGAAGAGGAGUUGCUUACUAAAAUUAAAAAAUAUAUUCAAAUAUUGUGUCUGUGCAUCACAUUUAACAAGUGAAAAGAAAAAUUMAGUAAAUGGCCUAUCUCAUUCCAUGUAGAAUGGAAAUGUUACUUAUUGUUUKGUAAAGCAGGGAUUAUAUUUUCGAUAACUGAAUGUGCUUGAGGAAAAGUCAACAAGAAUCAGUUGAUUUAAUACAGAAGGCCAUGUAGAACAUCCACAAAAAAGUGCUCUAUCACAGAAGUAAAUAGUUGUCUGUUAUUUAAUAAAAAACAUAUAYAUUAUUAGAGCUACAUGAAAAAUGAAUAAGUGUAAUUAGAAAGAGAGUGAGAUGCCAUGGUGGUGGGAUGCCAGUUGAAAUUCCUUAAGUGUACUUCUAAGAUGUACAACACUCCUGUGAUAUCAMAAAUAAAACAAAAGUGGCAUUUAAGCASCAGAACAUGUCUCUGAACCAACAACCAAUYCAUAGCUGGUUAAUGAUUAUAUUUUUUAUGACAAAAUUCUUAAUUCCACAUUUGGUAUUUGUGAAUAAGAGACUAAAUCCUAGAAAACUCCAAAACUCACAAAUGGUAGCCCCCCCAGCUUUUUCAAAAAGUUAUCAAAGCUCUAAAUUAUCUCUAUACCCUUGAUUACAUUACAAUAUUGUCACCUCCCCCCCCCCUGAAAAAAAGCAUGCUAAGAAGCUAGGGUCAGCCUCUACACUUGAAAAAAUCCUGCGCUACU